AUUAAUCAAUUUUAUUCAUCCUCCAUCUUGUCUUUGUUGUUUGCCUUUUCAAAUUAUUAAAAACCUCGUUUAAAAUUGUGUUAAUUUUAGUGUUUUUAUCCACUAAAUAACAAAAAAGAAAAUAUGGCUGACGAAUUGGAUGUGGAAGCAAUGCUAGAAGCCCCCUACAGAAAAUCGGAUGAAGUCAAUGGCAAACGUAAAGAAAAUGGAAGUGUGAGAAGGGACCGGAAAUCGUCUUCUGACAAACUUAGAACACGUAGUCGGAGCAGGAGCCGCACUUCAAAGAAAUCCAGUAGAAGUCGUUCCAGAGCCACCAGAGAUGGCAAAAAAAGAAGUAGAAGUAGGGAAAUUAAAGGAUCAAGAGAUAGACGUCGUACAAGAUCCAGAGAUAGAAAAUCUAGAUCUAGAGAUAGACGGUCUAAAUCUAGAUCUAGAGACCGGAGACGGUCUAGGUCGAGAAAUGGGAGCAGAUCUAGAGAUAGAAGAGACAGACCAAGACGCAGAAGUCGAGAUAGAAGAACCCGCAGCCGCGACCGCCGUAGCCGUAGCAAAGACACUCGAGCCAAAAGCAAAGAGCGCAAAAAGUCAACCUCACCUCUACGACCACCUUUCCGCAAAGCCACCCGAUCCCCCUUAGGGCUACGAGGCCAAUCGCCCUUAGAAGAAUUAAGUUCAGAAGAAAGAGACGCCCGCACCGUAUUUUGCAUGCAAUUAUCGCAACGGAUACGAGCCAGAGAUUUAGAAGAAUUUUUCAGUUCCGUUGGCAAAGUACGAGACGUUAGAAUGAUUGUUUGUAAUAAGACUAGACGGUUCAAAGGGAUUGCUUAUAUUGAGUUUAAGGAUCCGGAAAGUGUAGCAUUGGCUUUAGGUUUGUCUGGUCAAAAACUCAUGGGGGUUCCAAUAAUAGUCCAGCACACUCAAGCUGAAAAAAAUCGCAUGGGCAAUGCAAUGCCUAAUAUGUUGCCUAAAGGCAUGACUGGACCAAUGAGGCUUUAUGUUGGUUCACUACAUUUCAACAUAACAGAAGAAAUGCUUAGAGGCAUUUUUGAACCAUUUGGCAAAAUCGAAAAUAUCCAACUAAUCAUGGAUCCGGAAACUGGCCGUUCCAAAGGCUACGGUUUCAUCACUUUCCACAAUUGCGAAGACGCGAAAAAAGCACUGGAACAGUUGAACGGUUUCGAACUGGCCGGUAGACCAAUGAAAGUCGGCAACGUGACCGAACGGAUCGAUUUACAGAGUCAGGGGCCUUCGCUGUUGGACUCUGACGAACUAGAUCGAUCCGGCAUAGAUUUGGGCGCCACCGGUCGUUUGCAAUUGAUGUUCAAGCUGGCGGAAACGGCCGGGAUGCAAGUUCCGGCCGCUGCGGCUAACGCACUCAGCAUGGCCACUGGGCAACCAGUUGUGCCGCAAGUCCAAACAAACUCUACUCCACCAAUAGCAACGCAAUGUUUUAUGUUGAGUAACAUGUUUGAUCCUGCAACUGAAUCGAAUCCUAUUUGGGAUAUUGAAAUAAGAGAUGAUGUAAUUGAGGAAUGUAAUAAACAUGGAGGAGUUUUGCAUGUUUAUGUUGAUAAAGGCUCUCCGCAAGGGAAUGUUUACGUUAAAUGUCCUUCUAUAGCUACCGCAGUGGCUUCGGUUAAUUCUUUACAUGGUAGAUGGUUUGCUGGAAGAGUCAUUACUGCCGCCUAUGUGCCGUUGCUGAACUAUCACUCCUUAUUCCCUGACGCUAUGACUGUGGCAACACUGUUGCUGCCUUCUUCUAGAAAAUAAUCAAGAGUCAUUUAUUGUUCGUAAAAAGGAUGCGAUGCGGGUUGCAAAUAUAGUAAAGUGACUAUAGAGUUGGAUGUUGAUUUUUAAUUCAUUCCUCUUGCGUUGUUUUACUGUGUUUGCAGCCUGCAUCGCGUUUCGCAUCCUUUUAAUGCGCCAUAAAUGAGAGUUACAUGUAAAUUAAAUCAAGAUUUUUUUUUUUGGUGUAUUAAAUUACGAUUUUUAUUGUUGAUAUUUAGUUUCUAAGGCUGGGAAGAAUCACACGUAAUUAGUAGCAUGUAUAUUUCUUAAAUAAAUACCCACUUAUAUAUUGACUU